ACGUCCUGCGCGGGAGCGGAAAACGUGCAUCCGACUGUGGAGGAAAGGAGCGUUGUGUUUUCCUGCUUUGUAAUACGUUCAGCAUGACUAGAGAUUGGAAACCUGGUGAUCUGAUCUUUGCCAAGAUGAAGGGCUAUCCACACUGGCCUGCAAGAAUUGAUGAAGUCCCAGACGGUGCUGUGAAGCCAUCCAAUAUCAAGUUCCCCAUCUUCUUCUUUGGCACCCAUGAAACAGCAUUUCUAGGCCCAAAAGAUGUCUUUCCGUACCAGCUCAACAAAGAGAAGUAUGCCAAGCCCAACAAGAGGAAAGGCUUCAAUGAAGGACUGUGGGAGAUUGAGAACAACCCAAAAGUUGAGCUCACUGCGCCCAAGCCGGUUGCCCCUGAAUCUUUCACUGAAAAGGAUUCAGACAGCAGCCCAGAGGGAGAAGAGGAAGCAGAUUACAAGGGGAUAAAACCCAAAGUUCCAGGAAGUGAGGCUGAGCAGGAGAAUGAGAAUGAUGAUGAUGAUGAGGAGGAGGAGGAGGAAGGGUCUCUGAUCUCUGAGCAGGGUCCUCAGAUCCAGGAUGUCUCGGCACAGAAAGAAUCCACAGAUGUUCCUAAACCCAAGAGAGGGAGGAAGAAAAAGAGUGAUGCUGAGCAGGAGACUGAAAAACACGAUGCUCCUGCUAGUCCUGUUAGUCCCUCAGGUGCAGAAGGUCCUAAACGAAGAGGCAGGAAACCCAAAAGUGAGAAGUUACUUUUGCUUCAGCAGCAACAGCAGGACCAGCAAGGCUCAGGAAGUGAAAUGGACACAGCUGAGUCAGACAGGAAGAGAAAGAGGGCAGCAGAGGACAAGUCCAAGAGUGGAGAUGAGGAGAAGAGAAAGAAGGAGGACAGCAAAGGAAAGGAAGCAGAGCUGAAGGAGCCUGAAGCCAAGAAGAAGAAGAAGGACGAAAGCUCCUCAGGCUCUGACGAUGAAGAGAAAAACAAAGGCAGAAAGAAACACCAAAACUCAGAAAUGGACAAAGAUGUGCGGCGACGGAAAGCAGAGGAAAUGAGAGAGCCAAACAAAGAUGAUGGGAAGAAAAAUGAAGAGAGGACAGGAGUCAAGAAAAAGGAAAUGUCAACUGACUUGAAGCUCCAGAGACUGCACAGUGAAAUCAAGAUUUCACUGAAAAUAGACAACCCUGACGUGAAGAAGUGCUUGGACGCGUUAGAUGACAUCGGUGCCCUUCAAGUAACCACCCAGCACCUGCAGAAACACAGCGAACUUAUUGCCACCCUUAAGAAGAUCCGCAGAUUCAAGGCCAGCCAGGACAUCAUGGACAAGGCCACCAUGUUGUAUAACAAGUUCAAGAGUAUGUUUCUGGUUGGAGAAGGCGACUGUGUGCUCAGCCAGGUGCUCAACAAGUCGUUGGCCGAACAACGGCAGCACGAGGAGGCCAAGAAAGGAGCGCUGAAGAGAGUGGAACAAGCCAAGGAAAACAACCCAGACACGAUGACAAAUGGUGAUAUCAGCCCCGAAGAGAAGAAGCAGGACACAGACAGAGAGAGGCCUCUCGAGGACACCUCAGUGGGAGAAAAUCACAGCGCACCGAAAGCUCAGGAAGAGUCCACUUGAAUGUCCUACAUGCCCAUAGAAAAGAGAAGACAUUUGCUGCUUUGUCCAAACUGAGCUGACCAACUGGUAUCUCCAGUUGGUCCAGAUCCUUUUGAUGACUGAUAGUGAUCACUGGUUUCCAGUUUAUCCACUGUUUCUGUUGUUGUUGCUGCUGCUUUAAGGUUUCAGUUCAUCACACCCCUCCACUCUCGAGAUAGACUGACUGCAUAUCUUUUUUUUUUUUUUUUAACUUUGUGUUAUCUUUACCUUUUUAGACGCAUUCUGUCACACCUGUUGAAUUUGAGUAAUGAUGUGUAACGAGUUAGAACUUGUAGAUCUGCAGCACCUUGAUGUUAGAGCUUAAUGAGCACGCUCACAGAGACGUGAUUAGUACCAACUGGUCCUGUGUUUCAAACGUGGAGUAGAUGGCUUUUCAUGUAGAAGUGCCAUAACCAUGUUUAAUAAUAUUGGCUGCAUUAACAUUUUAAAGAUCCACAGAGUUUCCAGAGUUUGCCAAAGUUUAUUUUACCAAGUUUUCUCAAACAUGUUCAAGUGUCCUGUUUUAAAAGUUUUGUUUUUAACGUAGAUGUAAAUAAGAGUAUUUUUGUGCCUGUCUGAAGACCUGUUUCAGCAUCCAAUAAUAAAGUA